UCGGGUUACGCUCGAAUCUGAGAUUACAACAAAACACAAACCCGAACUCGAUCCGAACACAUGUUAGGUCGGAAUGAGUUUAACCCGAAUUCGACAGGUUUUUUUUUAAAAAGUGGUUUUUUGGGCUCGAAUUGGGCAGGUUGUUCAGAUUUUCAGGUUUUUCGGUCAAAUGUUCAGAGUAAUGAAUUCAGUUUUUGAUAUUUUUCUUAGAAAAAAACACUGUUGCCAAAAAAAAAAUCAUACCGAACGACGUAGUUUUGGGAUGUGGUUCUAAACCCUAAGCCCCUUCGCCUCUCGUUGUCUCACAGUUUCUCCAACGUGAGUCGUCGCCUCUCCGCCGGAGCCACGCGAUUUGUCGCUUCACGUUGAGUUGGUGGAGAAGUUUGUAUAGGAGUUUGUCAGUGGAGAAGAAAAUAGUGAAGAAUGAGCAAGCAUAGACUAUCACCCGACCCCAUAGCAGUGCUGAGAGGUCACCGCGCCUCUGUUAUGGACAUUUGUUUCCAUCCAUCUAAACCUAUCUUAUUCACUGGCUCUGCAGAUGGUGAGUUGAGGAUUUGGGAUACAUCGCAGCAUCGAACAAUUUCAUCGGCAUGGGUUCACAGUGCCGCUCAUGGAGUUGUUUCUGUUGCUAGCAGUUAUUUGGUUGGAACCAACAAAGUUAUCAGCCAGGGAAGGGAUGGAACUGUUAAGUGUUGGGAUUUAGAAGAUGGAGGUCUAUCCAGGAGCCCAUUGCUUACUAUCAAGACAAACGCUUACCACUUUUGUAAGCUUUCACUGGUGAAGAAACCUUAUGCUUGUUCCAAGCAGCUUCUGGAGGAUACUCGAGAGCAGGGUCAAGAAAAUCUGACAAAUCAUUCUGGAGAUUCGCACAUUGAAGAACCUAAAUAUGUGACUAUUGCAGGGGAGCAGUCUUCUGAGGUUGAGAUUUGGGAUCUAAAUACUGCAGAAAGAAUUAUGCGUCUACCUGAAAACUGUGUUGGUGGCUCACCAAAAUUUUCCACCAAAGAAAGAGGAAUGUGCAUGGCUAUUCAAGCAUUUAUUCCAUCUGAAUCACAAGGAGCUAUAAAUGUCCUAGUUGGUUAUGAGGAUGGUUCAAUGCUUUGGUGGGAUAUAAGAAAUUCCGGGGUUCCAUUGACGUCUGUCAAGUUUCAUUCAGAGCCAGUUCUAAGUCUAUGCAUUGAUGGGUCAUGCAAUGGUGGUAUCUCUGGAUCUGCAGAUGACAAAAUUCUAAUGUAUAGUUUGGAUCAUUCAAUGGGCACUUGUGUGGUGAAGAAAGAAAUUAAUUUGGAACGACCAGGCAUUUCUGGUAUCUCCAUUCGGCCAGAUGGAAAAAUUGCUGCGACCGCUGGCUGGGAUCACAGGGUGCGGAUUUAUAACUAUCGGAAAGGAAAUGCUUUAGCCAUAUUGAAGUAUCACCAUAAGACGUGUAAUGCGGUCUCAUACUCUAACGAUUCUAAGCUAAUGGCUUCUGCAUCAGAAGACACGACUGUUGCCCUUUGGGAGCUCUAUCCACCACAAACCUGAAAAUAAUGAUGUUGUUGAUUAUAUUUUACAUAGUUGUAAAUAUUGGUGAUAUACUGCCAACUCUAGCUCUUCUAAAUGUAACUUGUUUUGAAAUUUUAAUGCUUAUCAUUUUCUCACUUAGGGUGUAUUAGAAAACAAUUGUGUAAUUACUAGAGUGGCAAUUACAUUUUUGAGUAAUUACACUAUAUUUUAAUACAAGGUGUAUUUGGAUGUAA